GUCCCGUCGCCCCCCGCGCCAAGAUGUCGGCGGCUAUCGCCGCGCUCGCCUCCUACGGCGGCUCCGACUCGGAGCCCGACUCGGAGGGUGAGUCCGAGCCCGGGGCCGGCCCCCGGCCCGCCGCCGUGCUGGCCAGCCGCGACGCCGUGCUGCACCUCCGCCCGCCGCCCGCCGCGCCCCCGGCGCUGCCCGUCGACUCGGCCCCGGAAGUGGCCGUGAAGGAAGAUGUGGAAACAGGAGUCCACCUUGAUCCUGCUGUCAAGGAAGUUCAGUACAAUCCCACUUACGAUACCAUGUUUGCACCUGAGUUUGGACCAGAAAACCCAUUCAGGACUCAGCAGAUGGCUGCACCUAGAAAUAUGCUUUCUGGAUAUGCAGAACCAGCUCACAUCAAUGAUUUCAUGUUUGAGCAACAAAGAAGAACAUUUGUAACCUAUGGUUAUGCAUUAGAUCCCUCUAUAGAUAACCCUGAAGUUGCUACCAAGUAUAUUGGGUCUGUAGAAGAAGCUGAAAAAAAUCAAGGUUUAACAGUGUUUGAAACGGGACAAAAGAAAAUCGAAAAAAGGAAGAAAUUCAAGGAGAAUGAUGCAUCUAACAUUGAUGGUUUUCUGGGACCAUGGGCCAAGUAUGUUGAUGAAAAAGAAGUAGCCAAGCCAUCAGAAGAAGAACAGAAAGAGUUGGAUGAAAUAACAGCUAAGAGGCAGAAGAGAGGAAAGCUGGAAGAUGAUAAACCUGGAGAGGAGAAGACUAUAUUACAUGUUAAGGAAAUGUAUGACUAUCAGGGGAGAUCUUACCUUCAUGUUCCUCAAGAUGUUGGAGUUAAUCUCCGUUCUACAGUGCCACCUGAGAAGUGCUAUCUUCCAAAGAAACAAAUCCAUGUAUGGUCUGGACAUACGAAGGGUGUCAGUGCAGUUAGGUUGUUUCCUCUGUCUGGGCAUAUGCUGUUGUCUUGCUCUAUGGAUUGCAAAAUUAAGCUAUGGGAAGUAUACGGUGAUCGAAGAUGUCUACGAACAUUUAUUGGACAUGGUAAAGCUGUUCGAGACAUCUGUUUUAAUAAUGCUGGCACUCGGUUUCUUAGUGCUGCAUAUGACCGCUAUAUUAAACUCUGGGACACUGAAACAGGACAAUGCAUUUCAAGAUUCACAAACAGGAAGGUUCCGUAUUGUGUCAAGUUCAAUCCUGAUGAAGAUAAACAAAACCUCUUUGUUGCAGGAAUGUCAGACAAGAAAAUUGUGCAGUGGGAUAUUCGGAGUGGUGAGAUUGUGCAGGAGUAUGAUAGGCAUUUGGGAGCUGUCAACACCAUUGUAUUUGUGGAUGAAAAUAGAAGGUUUGUGAGUACAUCUGAUGACAAGAGUUUAAGAGUCUGGGAAUGGGACAUUCCUGUAGACUUCAAGUACAUUGCUGAGCCAAGUAUGCAUUCGAUGCCAGCCGUGACUUUGUCUCCAAAUGGGAAAUGGUUGGCUUGCCAGUCAAUGGAUAACCAAAUUCUGAUUUUUGGAGCUCAGAACAGAUUCAGAUUAAACAAAAAGAAAGUCUUCAAAGGUCACAUGGUAGCUGGCUACGCUUGUCAAGUGGAUUUUUCACCUGAUAUGAGCUAUGUGAUAUCUGGAGAUGCAGAUGGAAAACUUAACAUCUGGGACUGGAAGACAACAAAACUCUACAGCAGAGUAAAAGCACAUGAUAAAGUCUGUAUUGGUGCAGUCUGGCAUCCACACGAAACAUCCAAAGUAAUUACAUGCGGCUGGGAUGGUCUUAUUAAACUCUGGGACUAACGAGGCUGCUACAAGGAUCUAAAGGUGUAAGCCCUGCAGACAUCUGAGACUGGAGUGAGUUCAGCUGUGAGGAUAGGUAGACAUUUUGUAAUACAGCUGUUCUCAGCUAGCUGUAUAUAUGCUCUAAAAAAUGGGGAAUUUCAGAAGACUUGACUCAAAGGAUAUUGUUCGAAAUGUGACAUCUGUGUAUGAGAAUCUGAGGUCACCUGGAGCAUGCAGAAUCGAGUGUUAGUUUGUCCUGUCACCUUUUGUGCAAGAUACUCUUGUAAAAUAAAAUAAUUUUAAGAAAAACUAUUUUUGUGGUUCUGGCUGUCAGAGGUGUGGGGACUUAAAGAAGAAAACCAGCAAUUGUGUAAUUCUCUUCCUAAGAAGAAAUCUUUGAUACCUGCUGCAAUAGAGCUGGAAAAGAGGCAUUUGUUUGUGGCUUUUGGCAGUAUUUUGUUCUCCCCAAAAUACUUCUACCUUUAUAGAACACAACCAUUUGCUAAUAUCUGUUAAUUCACAGUAGGAAUGAACUAAUCAGAAGCUUGCAGCCCUCAAUUAAACUGUAUCAACAGAAAACCACAUUCAUAAAAACCUUGUUUUGUCUGUAUUUAACAAUUGUAUCAUGCUGAUCACCAAGUGUCAUCUUUACAAGUACUCCUCAGUUUGAAGAUUUUGCCUGUAAUGGUCGUGUGCUCGGUGUUUUUCUCUUCCCUUAAUGUUGUUAAGUUCCAGUAAGCAUGACAUAUUCAAAAAAAAAAAAAAAAACACCAACAAAGUGAAUACAUUGUAUUAUAAGCUCCAUAAAGUUUCUGACAAUUUAAUGUAUAUACAUGCCACACUUUUUCUCAUCAAAGAACUUAUUUUUAAUAAAUCUUUUUAU